CCUUGUAUGGGAGGUGCUCCAGCCAGGGGGGGUGCUCCAGUUUGACCUCAUGCACAGCCACUGAUGCUUCAAGAUGUACCUUCUCCAGCAUGGAGGUGUCGACAACCACAGAUGUUUUGAGGUGUCCCUUCUCCAUUUUUUUAAGGAACAAACAUUUCUCAACAGUGUGAGCUGGCAAGGGGCAGCCAGAAAUGGUUAAUCCUGGAAAGAUGGCAAGACUUUUAGACUUGCCAAAGCCUAACUUUCGCAAACGAUCAUGGUAAAAGGAGGUUUGUCAGUGUUGGCAGCGAUGGAGAAGCUGGAGUCAAGGGCGGCAGCUUUGUGCCAGGACCAGCCUCCCUAAGGACUCCACUGCUUUUCCCCACCGUGUGGGUGAUUCCUGAGGACGGGGUUCACCGCCUCCCCCCCCGGGGGUCCCGAGGUGCUUCCAUCCCCUGGAAUGAGGGAUGGAGCACGAGCUGGAGGAGAGAGAAGCACGAUUGCCAGCAUCACCGCGGGGGCUGCGGGGUGCGAGGGGCACCCGGACCCCGGCCCUCCCCGGGGAGCAAACCCUCUCCGGCUCCGUCCGUGCCCCCCAGCGGCUGCCCCCUCCCCGGGCAGGGGUGGUGCCUGCGGGUCCACCGUAUCCAUGGCGAUGGGAGGCUGUCCCCCCGCCCCCUCUCCGCAGCCGCCGAGCAGCCGCAGCCGGUGCGGCGAGCGGGCAGCGGGCUGAGCCCCGCACCGGGGCACCGGCACAGACCCCCCCCGGCACCCCGGUACCCCGGCACCCCGGCACCCGUGCUGCUCUCCGGCCAUGCAGCCCCCGGAGCCCGGCCGGCACGGCGGACGCCCUUCCAAUGGCAGCUGGCCAUACUCCAUCACAAGUGAGGGCCACCUCCUGACGGAGAACUACACCUUCUCAGCGUACUACCAGCACUCCUCUCCUGUGGCUGCCAUGUUCAUCCUGGCCUACACCUUCAUAUUCCUCAUGUGCAUGAUCGGCAACAUCCUGGUGUGCUUCAUCGUGGUGAAGAACCGUCAGAUGCGGACGGUCACCAACGUGUUCAUCCUCAACCUGGCCAUCAGCGACCUGCUGGUGGGCAUCUUCUGCAUGCCCACCACGUUGGUGGACAACCUCAUCACCGGCUGGCCUUUUGACAACACCAUGUGCAAAAUGAGUGGCUUGGUGCAGGGCAUGUCCGUCUCUGCCUCUGUUUUCACACUGGUGGCCAUCGCCGUGGAGAGGUUUCGCUGCAUUGUCCACCCCUUCCGGCAGAAGCUGACGCUGAGGAAAGCCCUGGUGACCAUUGCCAUCAUCUGGGUGCUGGCCCUGCUCAUCAUGUGCCCUGCUGCCAUCACACUGACUGUCAUCAGGGAGGAGCACCAUUUCAUGGUGGAUACCUACAACAACUCCUAUCCCCUUUACUCCUGCUGGGAAGCCUGGCCCGAGACAGGGAUGAGGAGGAUCUACACCACCAUCCUCUUUUCCCACAUCUAUGUAGCACCCCUCGCCCUCAUCGUCAUCAUGUACACCCGCAUUGCCUUCAAGCUCUUCAAGUCAGCAGCACCUGACCGUGGCCAAGGGGAGCCAGAGGGGAGGAGGGUCUCCCGGAGGAAGGCUAAGGUCAUCAACAUGCUCAUCAUUGUUGCCCUCUUCUUCUCCCUCUCCUGGCUGCCCCUCUGGACAUUGAUGCUUCUGACAGACUAUGGGCAGCUGAGCGAGGGCCAGCUCCGCCUGGUCACUGUCUACAUCUUCCCCUUUGCCCACUGGUUGGCCUUCUUCAACAGCAGCGCCAACCCUAUCAUCUACGGCUACUUCAACGAGAACUUCCGACGGGGCUUCCAGGAGGCCUUCAGGGCCCCCUUUUGCUCGCCUCACCAUCGCCACGGCCACCGCGGGCCCUACACCCCCAGGAGUCAUGGCCGUGGGAUCCUCUUUGGCACACGCAACCGUGUCUUUGCUCAGGCACGGACCAGCGACUCGCCACCCGCCUCUGAAUCAGGACCAUUGGCGCCCCGCCACACUGGUGUCCCUGCAUGGGAUGGAUGAGCAGCUAUGGCCAUCAGGCACUCUGGACCAAGGGCUUGCAGGGUGGGGAAUGGGGAUUCACCACAUCAUGGGCCAUGAGUUACCAAAAUAAAGGUGCGUCCUCCCCACUGCCAUGUCCCUGCUUCAGAUCCUCUGGUCCUCCCAGCAGCGCCAUCCCAAAUGAGGGGCAGACGGGGAUCACCAGCUGAGUCCCCUGGCACCACAGGCCCCUGUGUCCUACCAGCCCCUCAUUUACCCAGGCCCAGCCAGGACACAUGGCCAGGGAGCACAGGGAGAGGGGAGUGGGGAGGGACAAAACCUGUGCGAACAGCUGUCCCAUGCCAUACUUGGCCAUGUCAUGGACAACUUAGUCCUUUGUUGGACCACACCAUGCUGUGCUGGAUCAGCCCAUGCCAUACCGGACCAUGCUGUGCUGUGCUGAACCAUGCUAUCCUAUGAUGAACCAUGUCACUCCAUGCUAUUGUGGCCAUGCUGGACCACAUCAUGCUGUGCUUGGUCAAGUCAUGCCAUAAUGCACCACACCAUGAUGUGCUGCAGCAUGCCAUGCUGCUAUGGCCAUGCUGGACCACACCAUGCUCUGCUGGACCAAGCCACGCCAUACUAGACUACAGUGUUCUGUGCUGGACCGAGCCAUGCUUUGCUGGACCCUGCAGCAUCAUGCUGCUGUGGCCACGCUGGACCACACCAUGCAGUGCUGGACCAAGCCACACUAUGUUGCUGUCUCUGGGCUAGACCACACCAUGUUGUGCCAGACCAAGGCAUGCCAUGCUGGACUGAGCCAUGCCAUGCUGGACCAAGCUACACCAUGUUGCUGUGGCCACGCUAGACCACACCAUACAUAGAAUCAUAGAAUCAUUAGGUUGGAAAAGACCUAAUGCCCUCAGUCAACUCCAUACUUGACUGAACUAAGCCAUACCCUGUGGCCAUGCUAGGCCACACCAUGCUGUGCUGGGCCAAACCAUGCCUUGCUGGACCAUACCAUGCCACACUGAAUCAAGCCACACCAUGCUACGCAUGCUUCUGCGGCCAUGCUGGACCAAGCCAUGUCGUGGUGGACUGAGCCAUGCCGUGCUGGACCACACCAUCCUGUGCUGGAUCAUGCCAUGCUGUGUUGGACCACUCAAUUCCAUGCUGCUGCGGCCAUGCUGGAGCACACCAUGAAGUGCUGGACCAAGCCACUGAUACUGAAAGUGCUGUCAAACAAACUCUCUAAGAGUUGUUUGGAGUUAUAGAAAGCCAACAUCCUUUAUCAGGUGUGGGCGAUGUGAGGGCAGGAUCUCCAUCGAUCACGUGCCACAAGACGAGAGCUAGGGACAGAAUGUAUUUCCCACUUCCAUGCAUAUGGAUAAAUUUUCUCAGAAACCUUAUGCAUAUUCUAUUACUUUCCAAGGACUAAUUUUAAAGUUAUUAUGAACAUCACGACAGUCUGGCUAAUUUGGAGCUUCGGAGCCAGCUCUGCCUGACGUUGCGUUUGAGACAGGAAAGGCUGCAGCAGAGGUGACCACAGAGACGUGUUCAGCACAGAUCAUACCGAACAUGUCUCUGAAGAUGUGAUUUGAAGACAUCUGGAAUAACACUGCUUGAAAGAAAACAGGCUGAGAGAGUUGGGGUUCUUCAGCCUGGAGAAGAGAAGGCUCCAAGGAGACCUUAGAGCAACCUUCCAGUACCGGAAGGAGCUACAGGAAAGCCGGAGAGGGGCUGUUCAUAAAGGCGUGUGGGGAUAGAAUGAGGGGGAACGGGUACAAACUGGAGAGGGGCAGAUUUAGACUGGACAUUAGGAAGAAUUUCUUCCCCAUGAGAGU